AUGUACACGGAGAUACGUGUGACGGCAGAGCUGGCGGCUGCUGCGGCUGCUGCUAGUAAUUUGGCUACCUCACAUGAGGCAGAAGCCACCUACAUCGAGGAGCACUUGCCGUCUCCUACGCUGGAUCCGAGAGCAGGACAGCUCCAUCUUGUACUAUGGCAACAAUUGCCACAAAACAAAAUUGAGUUCGAGAAUUGGUUAAACUCGCAAGAAUCGUCGUCACAAUUUCUGAUAACCUGGGAAUUAGAAUUGAAGGCUCAGCUGGAAGAGUUUAAGAUUCACCACAUCGAAAAUAACACACCUAGUAUUCCGGAGGAAAGUAAAAACGAGCUAUUCUCACUCUUGGCUGAUGAACAGCUAGGGCAUUGCCCUAUUUUUGUUCUCGGUAAUAAAAUCGAUCGUCCUGGUGCAGCCUCUGAGGACAAGUUGCGAGUUUAUUUCGAGUUACACAAUACUACCGGAAAAGGCAAAACUCCACGCUCGCAGCUUUCAUCUCGCCCAUUAGAAUUGUUCGUGUGCUCUGUCCUUAAGCGUCAGGGCUACGGCGAAGUUUUCUGCUAUUGA